ACACACACACACACACACACACACACACACACACACACACACAUUCGUAUUCAUGUCCUUGUUAGGACUUUUGGAAAUUUCUUGUUGACUUUCAUUCUUUAACACUUUACCGAAUCCAAAAUAAAUAGCUAAACUUAACCAGGACUCUGAACCAAACUGAAACUCGAUUAAAAUGGCCCAGUUAUUUUGAAGUUUAACCCUAAAAUUCAUCCUUAACCCUCUUAGGACUGGCAAAAUCCACCCAUCUCCAUGCACAUCUUACUACAGAUAAAUUUGAUCAUUUAUUCCGCCGCUAAGAAAGUGCUCACAUUUCCAUUAUGCCACACACAUAAAUACACACAUCCCAAAAUAUCAUUUACCAACAUUAGGUUGAGGAUUCCCACUCACACAAAGAUGACACAAUGAACUGGCGCCAUGCUGUCUCUGAAAGUCCUCACUCCUUUAGAUCAGUAGAGAUGGGCAUCACAGAAGCUUGACAUCAUGAUUUCCUGGCAGCAAAGAUUUCAAAUAGACCCAUUGUUGUCUUGCUACAUAUUCAAUCAGUGUUAUUUUAAAAGAAUAUAUAUAUAUAUAAAUCCUCUCAAUCUUGGCCCAUUUAUAGCAGAUUCUGACAAUGUUUUUUGCCACUAUUUUCCUUUUUAUAAUCUAUGCCCAAGACUUUCUCAAUUCGUUUACAAACUAAACAGUUUCUUGCAUAUUUGUGUUAUAGAUCUGCUGUUACCACUAUAAUUACCAAUUAAAAGCUUCACACAGCUUCAUAAUUAGCUUGAUACAAUAAUCAACUUCAUGGUCAGUAAUUGUUAUUGUUUUUAUAGUCAUUUGAUUCUCUUUUUCGUUUUCUUCUUUAAAUUGAUUAAAUUAGCCCUGAGAAAUUUGAAUUCUCAUCCAGUUAUUCUGCUUUAAUAUCGACAUUUGCACAAGUCUUGAGUAGUCCCACCACAUUCAAGUUCCAUAAGGUAACGCUCAAUAUUGACAUUCCAAGGUAAAUACAGGAGCAUAAGGAAGCAGGAAUGACAAUUGAGAAGCUAAGCCUAUAAAAAACCUAAUAAAAUGAUUUCUAACACUCCCGGUAAAAGUUGAAAAUUAUGAACAGCUGCCAAAUAAGGUCAUUUCUAACUAGUUAUAGUUUAAAAUAAUCUGAUAAUUAAAUCGUGUGUAUUUUCUUCUGAACUUACAGUCCAUUGGAAUAGUUUAAUAUCAGUCUUCGGUGACCAUUAUUGAGCUCCAAUGUCUUCAUAGAAACUAGAACACUCAGAAAGAAGACAAAUUGCCAGGCAGGGAGUCAGUCUUUAAAUAUAAUAAUCAUUAAAUAGUGUCCCGGGCCCAUUAAAUGUAGCGGUAAGCAGCGGGGUGUGAGGAGUGGCCAGCUCCAAAACGCAAUACUGUUUACACUACAAAUGCGGUUGAGUUACACCAUGUACAGUAAAAUGGGCCUGACUGCCAGUAACUCUAGUCACUUACCAACAAAAGCAUCAUUUCCUGAAAGCUCCUCCCCCUCUUCCCUCUCUCUCUCUCUCUCUCUCUCCACUUCUCACCUCCCCCUCUCACUGCUCUCUUGCUCACUCACCUACUCUCAAACCACCUUUUGGAGCUUUGGGCGAGCUUUGGAUUCACAAAUAUGACUUAGCAUGCUAUGCCAAUUCUUGACUGCUCUGGCAAUGCUAGAAACAUGCUUUAGAUAUUCCCAAACGGCUCACUUCCCAGUGUGCCAGUAGUAGAGACAGAUGUUAGUGUUGAUCAAGAGACUCACUCUGACAGGACACUUGAGGGUUCGUCACUGGGUGGAAGUGCAACGUCUGUAGAGAGAUUCUCACACACCGUGGCAGACUCAUGGCAGUGGUUUUCGUCUCAGGUGACACAAGGUGAAAAGGAGUGUAUGUGUGUUGCCUUCUUGCGACAGUGUGUGGACCCAUGUCUCUCAUGCAGUUCUGGAUUAAAUUGUACAAACAGCUGGGACGACCCCUUCCAGAGGACUUGUCCUGCAUUGAUGACCUCUCCACAAACUCCCUGUUCUCCUCGCCGGCUGACUCACUAUCAGAGUAUGCUGAUGCACAGCCAUUCAUCAGCACAAAUAACCUGGACACGGUGCCCACCCUGUGGGACAUCAACACUAGUGCCACCAACACACCAGCACAGAGCCAGCUGGAGUUGAAAGCAAGCAACAGAUUUCAUGGGUUGGCCAGUUUGGAUGAUAUAAAUGCUAUAAUCAGCACGCCACCUUUAGGAGGAUUCCAGGCUCAGACAACCCAACCACCUCCACCACCACCACCACCACCACCGGAGGAGGAGGAGGAAGCUGAAGAGGAGGAGCCAGAGGAACUAGGACACGUCGAUACAUACGCUGAGUACCGACCGUCUAAAUCAACAAUUGGAAUUUCUCAUCCUGACAUUGUUGUGGAGACCAACACACUUUCCAGUGUCCCGCCUCCUGACAUCACGUACACUCUGUCCAUCCCUGAGUCAACAAUUAGCAGCGGUCUUCUGUCUGCUCUUCAACUGGAGGCCAUCAUCUACGCCUGCCAGCAACACGAGGUGAUCCUUCAAAACAAUCAGCGGGCAGGCUUCUUGAUCGGUGAUGGUGCUGGAGUUGGGAAGGGACGCACUGUGGCAGGGAUAAUCCUAGAAAAUUACCUGAAGGGAAGAAAAAAAUCACUAUGGUUCAGCAUAUCCAAUGACCUUAAAUUUGAUGCUGAGAGAGAUCUCAAAGAUAUAGAUGCCCCAAAUAUUCCUGUGCACGCCUUAAAUAAGAUUAAGUAUGGAGACACAGCUACCUCAGAGGGAGUCCUCUUUGCAACUUACUCUGCGCUUAUUGGAGAGAGUCAAGCUGGAGGGCAGCACCGCACUAGAAUCAAACAGAUCCUGGAUUGGUGCAAGCCUGAUUUUGAUGGAGUUAUUAUUUUUGAUGAAUGCCACAAAGCCAAGAAUGCUACAUCAACAAAGAUGGGGAAGGCAGUGCUUGAUCUGCAGAACAAGCUGCCGCGGGCCAGGGUGGUAUAUGCUAGUGCCACGGGUGCCUCUGAGCCAAAGAACAUGAUAUAUAUGAGCCGCCUGGGGAUCUGGGGUGAGGGAACGCCCUUCAGAGCCUUUGAUGACUUCCUGCAUGCCAUUGAAAAAAGAGGUGUCGGGGCCAUGGAGAUUGUUGCCAUGGAUAUGAAAGUGAGCGGAAUGUACAUCGCCAGGCAGUUGAGCUUCUCAGGUGUGUCUUUCCGCAUUGAAGAAAUUGCGCUGGACAGUGACUUCAAGCUGGUGUAUAAUAAAGCAGCCAAGCUGUGGGCAGAGGCAUUGCAAGUGUUCAUGCAUGCAGCUGACGAGCUCGGCCUGGUCAGCAGGAAGUCACUCUGGGGGCAGUUCUGGGCCUCUCACCAGCGUUUUUUCAAAUACCUCUGCAUUGCUGCGAAAGUCCGCUGCCUGGUGGAGCUGGCCCAGAAAGAGCUGCAGGCUGGAAAGUGCAUCGUCAUUGGUCUGCAGUCUACUGGAGAAUCCCGCACCAGAGAGGUCCUGGAUGAGAAUGACGGUCACCUGGAUAGAUUUGUUUCAGCAGCUGAGGGUGUAUUCCAAUCACUUGUGACCAAACACUUCCCAUCAGAGAAACAAAGAAGAGAGAAAGCACCGGGGAAUAAGAGAAAACGUAAGCCAAGAGGUCGUCACCCAAAGGUACCCAAGCACACGGUGGACAGCGGCGGUGUCAUUAACAUCAGUGAUGACAGCAGUAGCGACUCAGACGGGAUGGACACCGACUCCAACUCAUCGCCGGACUCCUUGCUGGACAACGAUGAUGUGAUCUUUGUGAACCAUACAAGUUCUCAGACAGUCAGGGUAGAGGAGUUGAAGCAGGACCUCCUCAACAAAAUAUCUGUGCUGGGAAAAGAACUACCUCUUAACACCUUGGAUGAACUGAUCGAUAAACUUGGAGGUCCUGACAAAGUCUCUGAGAUGACUGGCCGUAAAGGUCGAGUGGUGCGACGUCCUGAUGGGAGUGUCCGUUAUGAGUCACGGGCUGAGCAGGGUCUUACCAUCGAUCACAUCAACAUCAAGGAGAAGGAUCGUUUCAUGUGUGGAGAGAAGUUGGUGGCUAUCAUCUCAGAAGCCGCUAGCUCUGGCAUCUCGCUCCAGGCAGACAAGCGGGUCAAGAACCAGAGACGGAGAGUCCACAUGACUUUAGAGCUGCCCUGGAGUGCCGACAGAGCCAUUCAGCAAUUUGGUCGAACCCAUCGAUCCAAUCAGGUGACGGCUCCAGAAUAUAUCUUUCUCAUAUCCGAGUUAGCUGGAGAAAGACGCUUCGCCUCCAUUGUGGCCAAGAGACUAGAGAGUUUGGGCGCGCUGACUCACGGUGACAGAAGAGCCACUGAAAGCAGAGACCUGAGCAAGUACAAUUUUGAGAACAAGUAUGGUACUAAAGCUCUGGAUAAAAUCACCAAAGCAAUCCUGGGCUACAUAGAGAACAAGGUCCCGCCCCCAAAAAGUUACCCUGGAGGAGACGCCAUGUUUUUCAGAGACAUGAAGCAUGGCAUGAUGGAUGUGGGCAUCUUCUGUAAGGAACCACGAUUUGGCAUUAGCACAGAAAAAGACUGCAGCAUUACCAAGUUCCUGAACCGCAUUUUAGGGCUGGAGGUUCACAAGCAGAACUUUCUCUUCCAGUAUUUCACUGAAAAUUUUGACUACCUUAUUGAGAAGGACAAGAAGGAAGGAAAAUACGACAUGGGAAUCUUAGAUCUUGCCCCUGGUAAUGAUGAGAUUUACGAGGAAAGGCAGGAGACAUUUUUGACCGCUGGAAAUCCCCAGGAUGGUCAGGUUGUUCUCUAUAAAAUCAGCGUGGACAGAGGGAUGACUUGGGAUGAAGCUUACAACAAGGCAUUAAAUCUCAGCGGUACCAAUGAAGGAUUCUACUUGUCUCAGAAGCUGCGAGGCAACAAUCCAUGCGUGCUGCUCGCUGAACAAGGAAGAGGCAAGAACUUUAUCGUUUACAAGCCCAACAUAGGCAAGCAGACCCACCCAGAGAGCCUUGACAACUUGCAGCAACGCUACCGACAGGUGUCGGUGGAGGAAGCUAGGGAGAGCUGGGAGAACCAGUUCAACUUCUCCUUUUCAAAGUGCAGCCAUGCCAAUUGGAAUGGCAAGUGUAAGAAAAUCGAGGAAGGCCAAGAGUGUCUGCAGGGCAUGCGCCUCCGGCAGUACCACAUGUUGUGUGGCGCAUUGCUGCGUGUUUGGAAACGUGUGUCUGACGUGGUGUCGGAAAUAACCAGCUCCAGCAUCCUACAGAUCGUUCGGCUGAAAACAAAGCAGCACAACAAGCAAGUUGGCAUCAAGAUCCCAGAGAACUGUGUGGCCCGUGUGCGUGGGGAGCUGGUCCGGAUGGACGAGGAAGUGAAGAGAAGACGCAAAGAGAAAGAGAAGCAGGCUAUGGAGCAGCGGAUGGCUGAGGAACGGAUGCGGAAGAUGGAGCAGGUGAACAAACAUCUCCUGGCCAAUCUGUUCAGCCAGAAACCCAUCCUGAACCAGUCACUGGCCCAGUCUCUCGCCCAGAGUCAGAUCCUCAAACAGAAGCUGAACGAAAACGCUCUGCAAAGAACUUCGGCGCUCGCUCAGCUGAGGAUGCAGGCGGUGUGCGGCCAGAACGACGCACAGAUUCGCACACACAGCCGGACCUUGCCGCCUUUACAAAGAACCCAGCAAAGAACUCAAAGCAGCUGGUCUAACAAUUCGGGCCCCACCAACGCAGGUCCCCUGCCCAGUGUGGCCAGCCUCAGCUCUAGUUUGUCUCAUUUCUACCCGCAGUCCUUCCCGCCCCCUUUUGCACACUCAAAGACCCAGUCACUGCCACUCCAUCCUCCCAAACCACCUGCCAGUGUGUCCUCCAAAAACCCCUUCGAGGAUAUACUGGAUCUUACCAUGAGCUCCCCGUCCCCUUCCCCAGAUAGCACAGAGGGGGCACUGAGUCUGGAGGGUCUGUCAGCACACUCUUCAGGGUACAGAGAUGACUUCAGUCUGGAGUCUCUGAUCUCGCAGAACACGUCACACACACAGCAGCAGCUUCUGUUGCCGCAGCAGAACCACAGCAUGCUAUCCAGCAACCAUCAGGACUUGUUAGACUUCCUCGACCUGCCGCUGUCCCCUCAGAUGCCCACACAGAAAACCAGCCCGCAGUCUUCUUCGUCAGCCUCCAGCUCCUCCUCCACCCCCUCUGUGUCUCACGUCUCCACCGGCCUCCUGUCGACCUCCACUCUCAUCGCCACCUCCUCUGCCUCCUCACCUCUCUUCCCCAGUGUGCCCGCCUCUUCCUCGCUCUUCUCCAACUCUUCACCUGACUUUCCCUCCAACUAUCUCCUCGCCCCGCCAGACUCUCUGUCUUUACCCAACGGUCACUGCAGCAGCGACACCCUGGACGUGCGCGAGGCCCUGAAUAGCAUGUUACAAGCUGGACCGGACCGGAAGUCUGUUAUUCACUACCGACAACAGGAGUAAGAUGUUGCAGAGUCGACAGUGUAGGUGAUCGCGUCUGUAGCUCUGUGAUGAUGCUGAUCCCCUCCUGCCCUCGUCCUCCUCGCUCAGGGCCUGUAGUCACAUCACUGCCUCUCCUGUUCUCCCUCUCCUCUCUCCCACCGAUCUGAUUAUUAACCAAAGUGCGUCCUUCACAGUGAAAGGCAGCUGUCAAAAGAAUUCAAAAGACAGAAGAAACAUUUUAUCAAAACAAAGAAACAAACCUCCUCCUGGUCCUAAAAGCCUUUUGAUCAGUUCGAAACUUGCUUCGCUCUGAUGUUUCUUCUGUCCGUCCCGGCUCCAUGAGGCGUCGAGUAGUGUUGAACUGGAAGACAAAAGGAAACAAACAGCUUGUUUCUUCAGCGGAUAAGCCAUAAAAUGCCUCAUUUCCUUUCCAUGCUCCCCCUCGUUGCUCUCCCUGCAUUUUAGAACACUAGUGCGAGGAUAAAGGGAGGGACAGCAGCCCGCCGUUGCUUACAGUGCCUUUGGAGAAACUAUAAAUGCAGUCUUUAAAAGUCCAUGUAGCCUGAUGUAUAGAUUUAUAUUCUUGGGUGUUGCUUUUAUUUAAAAUGUAACAAUAUAUUUGUAUUUAACGCUCACUCUCCCCCUCCGGUCCUUCAGCCGGUUUUGUUACACCAAACCGCGGAGGUCUUUUUAAAGGACGAUUUUUCUUUGUAUCUCUUUUAUUCUGGUGAAAGGUUGUUCGUAUUGUUGUUUUUUUACAGGCUGACGUUCAGUUGUGAGUCUCUCGGUUCGGUCGUUUGUUUCUCAGGAAAGUCUUGAGCGAGUCGGUUUUGUGUGGGAGUGUGUGUCAGAUUGACCUGCGUCGACGUGUUUUAUGUCAUUACUAGUGCAUAUCAAGGCUUUCCCAAGUUUUACGUCCUGAGCGGUUCAGAAAGUCAACGCCAGCAAUAAUAAUAAUAAUAAUAAUCGCAUCACCACUUUUGUGACACACAAACACCUGAAGGAUGGUUUUACGCUCAGCAAAGUCUUUGGUCAUAUAAACCUCUGUUCCCUCGCUCUGAAGAGGAAGUGCUCCCUCGAUGAAUCUGGAUGUUUUCAGUCUUUGUUAUUCUUCAAAUAUAUAUUGUUAUUUAUAUUUAAGGGACAUUUUAGAUUUUAGAGCUGUUCAGUCUGCUUACUCUUUAGACUUGUUGACAUGUUUGCGCAGGGAGGUUUCUAGUUUUCCAGAAGGCUUAAGUCAAAUUCUAUGAAAAAACUUGCCACCAAAUAAGAUUGCACUGUUGUGUACUGCUGUGCAGUGUCUGACUCUGCUCCCUUCACUUCACUGAAAUAUUCCCUCCGCGUGUAAGGUAACAGUCGGGGCUUCAGUUUGACGAGAGAUACCAAAGUAUUCCACAGAUGACCCCUGCCUCCCGCCAACAGCAUCAGAACUUGAUCUCAGGAAGAAGCGCAACGGUAGAAAAAGUCAUUUCCCCUGCAAGUUGAGCUUAACUAGUGCUCAUUGUUUUUGUACUGUGCCGUCUUUGUGUUCAAGACAUGGUGUGAUGGGUUUGUCUUUGUGAAAAUGUCUGAUUCCUCAUGUCUAUGUCUUCUUAGGGCAAAGAUCAAAUACCGUCGCUUAGUUUUCGCUAUAGUUGCAGCCAUCAAAGCAAGAAAUCCCAGACACUUUCAUCUCUUUCCCUGGUCAAUAUUCCGAUCGGACACAUUCCAGGACAGCAGUCUCCUCUCAAAUCUAAUUCAUUUCACAGCUUUAUUCACCAGAUGAUAUGAUCCCUUUUCUCGUGUAUCGUUUUUGCACUAAGAAUGGCAUAUUCAAGUUACUGUUCUGUUGUGGGUUAUGAUUGUGUAUUGUGUAAACUGUAACCAUCUUCUCUCACCGUUUUUCGUAUUAUUAUAUAAAUCACCCAAAUAAUUUAUUGCUAACAUGAAAAAAAGAAACAAAAACAUGCUACUGAUUGUAUGUAUUUUUAAACAAAGGCUAUUUUUUCUGUAAAAAACAACAAACAAAAAAAGGAAA